AUUCCUGUGUUCUCGCAGAUGAGAGCAUCCUACUCCCUGUCCUGCCUCGUCCUGCUGAGCCUGGGCAGCUGCUUCCCUGCCGGAGAGCAGCAGGAGCCCGGAGACCCCAGGGAGGGGGCCCGGCCGGGGCCGAGCUGGCGACAAGCAGCGGCCGAGGACGCGGGGCCCGGCGAGGAGCUGAGCAUGGUGCUCGGCGCCGCACGGCUCCGGUUCGGGAGGCAGGAGCGCUCCGGGGUCCCGGCCGCCGGAGACGGGAAGCGCAGCAGCACGCUGGGGGACCUGGCCGAGGAGCUCAGCGGCUACAGCCGGAAGAAAGGGGGCUUCACCUUCCGCUUCGGGAGAUGA